GCCGGCAAGUGUCGAUUUUUAUUGGUCCAAGCCGCGCGCAGCAUGUUAAUUGACAACAACGGACGGUAGCUGGCAAAUGAUAAAAUAAACGUGCGCCGAUCGAACGCGAGUCGAGGAUCCAGGAGCCGUGCCCACGCCAUAGCAAUCGAGGUCACUCGAGCCGGGAGCCAUAGAAACCGCUGCGAGGAGAGCCGAGUGGCAAGUCUUGGUGGAAUCGAAUCGAAUGUUGCGCAACCUUCAGUCCCCGCAUGUACUUAGCCACCAAACCGAUUCCGAGCCACCAACCACCUAACAACAACCACAUCACGCCACCCGCCUACAUUUGAUAAUCGAAUUUGUAGUUAGGCGAUGAAGAAGCGCACUAAUUCACGUGGCACCCCGACCUCGUCGGGCGACGCGCUACUGGACACCUCCUUCUCCUCCGCCGGCGAUGCUGAGCGGGAUCAUCCCGCCUACAAAUCAGGCGCGGCCAGUGCCCCUGCCACGCCCACCAAGCGACGGGAUGGCAGCGAUGGCAGUGUCAGCAGCGCGGGAGCACGCAGGAAGCGCAAGGACGAGAUCGCCCAGACAUUUGUGAUCGUCAACGAACGUCCCGUGGACGACAUAUCGCUGGACUUCUUCUACAAGCCACACACCAUCACCUUGCUGGCUGUUUCGGUGCUCGCCGUCAUGUACUUUGCGUUCGUCAGAAACGAGGCGAACGUGGAUGAGAAUCUCUGGGCCGGCCUCCUCUGCAUUGUGUUCUUCUUUCUGAUCGUCUCGGUGAUUGCAUUUCCCAAUGGACCCUUCACACGACCCCAUCCCGCCGUCUGGCGGAUAUUAUUCGGAUGCUCUGUGCUGUACCUGCUGACGCUACAAUUCCUGAUGUUCCAAAACUACCCGACUAUCAGGAGCAUAUUCUACUGGAUUGAUCCAAAGUUGAAGAACUUCCAUAUCGAUAUGGAAAAGGAGUAUGGCGUCAAUUGUUCGGACAUCAGUUGGGAUCGCGUUAAAGGCCACUUGGACGUCUUUGCCUGGGGUCACUUCUUGGGCUGGGCCUUUAAGGCCAUCCUCAUUCGUCACAUGGGCAUUCUGUGGGCCAUUUCUGUGAUGUGGGAGAUUACCGAAAUAACCUUUGCGCACCUGCUGCCCAACUUCAUCGAGUGCUGGUGGGAUGCCCUCAUCCUGGAUGUGAUCAUCUGCAACGGUCUCGGCAUUUGGAUGGGUCUGAAGAUCUGCCAGAUUCUGGAGAUGCGCGAGUACAAGUGGGCCAGUAUUAAGGACAUAUCCACCACAACGGGUAAAAUCAAGCGUGCCAUGCUGCAAUUUACGCCCGAGAGCUGGUCGGCCAUUCGCUGGCUGGAUCCCAAGUCCACGGCGAUGAGAUUUGCCGCCGUCAUUCAGCUUGUGAUCUUCUGGCAGGUCACCGAGCUGAACACAUUCUUCUUGAAGCACAUCUUUGAGAUGCCACCGGAUCACUUCAUUGUGAUAGGUCGUCUCAUUUUCAUCGGUCUGUUUGUGGCGCCUUCGGUUAGGCAAUAUUACGUAUAUGUCACCGACACACGCUGCAAGAGAGUCGGCACCCAGUGUUGGGUUUACGGCGCCAUCAUGGUCUCCGAAGCUAUUCUGUGCAUCAAGAAUGGCAAGGAGUUGUUUGAGCGCACGCAAGCCAUCAACAUUGUCCUGUGGCUGACUGUCCAAGUAAUAAUCUCGGUGGCAUUUGUCUACCUCGCGGUUUACUGGCAGCGACAGCUGAAAAAGGUUUCAUCGACGCCCGCAAAAACAAAAGAAACUAUUCCUGCCAGCUCAUCAUCGCCCUCGAAAGGUAAAUUGUCGCCGCAAAAAGAGAAGAAACUAAAAUAAGAAGUUGAUAUAAAUAAACUUUAAAGCUGCAGAAACAAAGUGGAUCGGGCCAUUCUUUAAAUUAAAAACCAAAACAGAGAAGAGAAUUAUGUACAUAAACUAAAGAAAACUGUACUGAUUAAAUUAAAUACAUAACAUGUAAAUAUAUAUAUAUAUAUGUAUAAAAGAUAUAUAUAUAUAUAUAUAUAUAUUUAUUAAAAAGAC